AUGUAUCUUACGUAUAGAUAUGCAACACUACCUCUCAAGACAUCUCACCAACGAAUGGAUGUGAUUGGAGACGGGCAACGGGCUUGCAGACCUGAUAAGCUCUUGAAGGUCCGAGAGCUGAAUGAGAGUGGAUAUCCGAGUGUCCCGAGAACGAAUAGAUUAGCUGAAUCGGCAGAGUUUUGUGGAUUAGCUACGGAGACAUGGGUGACAAUAUCAUGGCAAAAACGUGAAAACCACGCUCAAUGUUUUCAGAUGUGCAACAAAUUGAAGAACAAAAAGUUUGACAUAAGAAUAGAAAAGAAACGUGAUCUUGAGGAAAGUCAUGAGACUUGUUAUCAUAGGGUUGAUGCAAGUUUAUAUGAUCGCAUCUCAUUACUGGCUAAGAAACCCCAAGUUUUGGGCUUGCCUCCGGCUCCGCUUUUACACGUUUCAGCCAGCAGCAAGCCAAGUACAACACCACAAUGCGCGUUUGAACGAUGUCGUGAAUAUUACACAGGAGACUCUGUGAUUGGUACCUGA